AUGUCUGCCCCAGGUUCGGGUCCUUCCGUUCCACCCGCGCCUGAUGUGACUGCGAUGAAUCCUGAGCGGGUUCGGAUGCUCUCUGAGGCUCCUCGAGAGAAAUCUCCCAAGCCGGCACCUGUGAUCAAGAGAGAGGAGUCUUUAGUUCCUUUCAGGGUCACAGGCGCCAAUAGAGAUGCCUUGGGUGACUGGUCUAACCGUUCCUCCCGGGGCUCUCAGAAAUCCGAUGGAGGCUCCAUCAAGCGGUCCAUCAGCGAGCUCAUGACGGAGGCCAAGGAGAAACGUGCGCAGCAGGAGAAGAAGCCAAAAAUCGCUCCCGUCAAAAAGUACUACACCGAUAUUCAGCCCCUUGGUCUUGCUCCUCUGCCAGACGACUCCACCCAUUACCUUACUUCACUCUUGCGAAACCGCAACUUGAACCUCUGCUUGCAGGCCGCUCCCAACAAGAAGAAUGAUGCGCCUGGAAAACCCAAGACAUAUACCUUUCUCAUCUCCAAUGCUGGAAUGGUCCAGCAUGAGAAGCUGUCCAUGCUGGGCCAUACUCGAGCUCUCCCUCUAUCCCUUCAUGAUCAGGACAUUUCUUCUUCAGACGGUGCCAUCACCCGCACCGUAAUUGGCGAGUUGCUCGAGGAUGUCUGGCCUAGACUCACAAAGAGUGACAAGUAUUCGUACGCCAGGCAACUCCGCAACCUCCUCCACAAGAUGCGGAAUGAGAGCAAGCAGGGACCAAAUUAUCCCCUAGGGUCUAUCGAGUCAGGAACAUACAGUUUGCUUCAAGACAAGCAUCCUGACCAUACCUACUAUGCAAUUCGUCCAAGCCCCAGCCAGAAGCAGUUCAUGGCACUUCUCAUGUCAACUUUGUAUGAGUCGGUGCCGAAAGCUGUGGCCAAGGCCUUGAUCACACAAUUUCGCAAUGAUUAUCCUUCGGUUCUCACCCAUGGGGCCCUGUGCCCCAGGAACAUUGUUGUCUCCAACAACAUCAUCAGCUGGAUCCUUGGCUGGGACUGCGCAGGACAGUAUCCAGUUUGGUGGGAGUACGCGCGGUUCUUCGAGGCGAGAACUACCGAGGCGAACAGUGACUGGUAUAGUUACGCAGCUGAGAUUUUUGAAGAUGAGUUCCCGGCUGAGUUGGCGGCCUACCAGGGAAUUGCGAGAUGUCAGCAGCCCUGA